AUGGCAACAACGAAUCCUACUCAAAACAUACAUCAAUCGGCUUUUAGGUCGAUGCUGGAAAUAGAAAAACUUUCUGGACCAAACUUCAAUGAUUGGUAUCGUCAGGUAAGGAUUAAUUUAAGAGCUGAAAAGAAAUACCAAGUCCUUGAAGAGCAGAGACCCGUUGCUCCCGGUCCCAAUGCUUCUAAUGAAGAAUUGGCGGAUUAUGCUGCUGCGUAUGAUAAAUACAAUGAGGUUGCUUGUCUGAUGUUGGGAAGCAUGAAUGUUGACCUUCAAAAGAAAUUUAAGCAUUCAUUUCCAUGUGAUAUGCUCACUGAACUCAAGUUUUUGUGCGAAAAGCAAGCUGGAGUGGAGUUGUUCGACCUAGUUGAUCAAUUUCAUGACUUGCGACACGAGCAGGGAACACCAGUCAGUCCUCAUAUCCUCAAGAUGAAGAGGUAUUUUGAGCAACUAGAAAGGUUGAAUUAUGCUUAUCCGCAGCCUAUUACAAUUAGCAUGAUUCUCAAGUCUUUAAUUAAGGACUUUGAGGAUUUCGUGCGCAAUUAUACUAUGCAUAGCAUGAAUAAAACCAUUGCUGAACUUCAUGCCAUGGCAAAUGAGUAUGAAAAGAAGCUUCCAAAGAAAUCGGCUACACCCCAAGUUCUCACGAUCAAGGGGGAAGGAUCCAAAAAUCGAAUCAACCGAAGGGAAAGGGCAAGGCUGAUGGGGCUUAGAAGGAGAAAGAAAUUGAAGCCAGGAUCUUUACAACUGUUCGUGGAAAAUGGCCUACAACAGCUGUAG